AAGCUCAAAUUAACAAUAUGCCAAUGUCCCCCAUUUGCCUUCCUUUCUUUCUCAACUAACCUAAUCUCAUUAAUUAAUUAUAUGUUUAUGCUUGUAAACUCAAGACACAAUCAUGCUUUAAACUAACCCCACUUGCCAAUUGUGCAUAAAUGAUUAGUUUUUGCACAAAUUUCCCUUCAAAGAUCUCCAUGUUCAAAUUGAUUCAGGAUGAAAUCCUCCAGGGAAUACAAGAAGCAGCAGAAGCUUCAACAGAGAGGAUGCAGGGCCUUGUGUUGCAGUUGCAGGCUUAGUGUCUCUUCUUCUGAGGAAGCUGCAGAGAGCUCAUCAGCUUCUGACAGGUAUGCUUCCAUCUCAAGCCUAGCGCAUGCCAUGGUUCAAGAAAGACUAGGCCAAAUGAUUAGGGAAAAACAGCAGCUGGAGGCAAGACAUAAAGAGAGAAGAAGGCUAAGAAAUGAAGGGAUCAAAUUUGUAGUAAUGGUGGCAAUGGAGAAGAGCUCUUAUGAUCCGAGAGAAGAUUUUAGAGAGUCAAUGGUUGAGGUGAUAUUGGCAAAUAGGCUACAAGAGCCCAAAGAUCUUCGCAGCCUCUUAAACUAUUACAUUUCAAUGAACUCUCAAGAUAAUCACGGAAUUAUACUUGAGGUUUUUCAUGAGGUUUGCUCUAAUUUGUUCUUAUAUUGUAAAUGCCAUUGAUGAAUAUGAAGAAGAAGCUUUCAGAUAUUAUUAAUUAUUAAUCUUGAUCA